CAGACGCAACAGCAGUAAACAGAACAGCAAACAAAUCGCCAAUGUCGCACUCGAUCGAGCACACUGAUACGCACGUCGCCAAGCGCGCACGCACUCGCUCUGGCAGCGACCUCGAGUGGCGCUGCAUCAACACAAUCCGCACCCUUGCCGCUGAUACCGUGCAGCGUGCCAACUCGGGCCACCCUGGCGCCCCCAUGGGUCUUGCCCCCACCGCUCACCUCCUCUGGGCCGAGUUUAUGCGCUACAACCCCACCAACCCUGCCUGGAUCAACCGCGAUCGCUUUGUCCUCUCCAACGGCCAUGCAUGCGCUCUCCAAUACUCCAUGCUCCACCUCGCCGGCUACCAGGUCACCCUCGAGGAUCUCAAGCACUUCCGUCAGAUCGGCUCAAUCACCCCCGGCCACCCCGAAAACACUCACACUCCUGGUGUCGAAGUCACCACUGGCCCCCUCGGCCAGGGCAUUGCCAACGCUGUUGGCCUUGCCAUCGCCCAGACCCACCUCGCUGCCGAGUUCAACCGCCCCGGCUUUGAGCUGAUCAACAACCACACCUACGUCAUCCUCGGCGACGGCUGCCACAUGGAGGGCAUCUCGGGCGAGGCUGCCUCGCUCGCCGGCCACCUUGGCCUUGGCAACCUCAUUGCCAUCUACGACGACAACAAGAUCUCGAUCGACGGUGAGACCGAGCUCGCCUUCACCGAAGACGUUGCCAAGCGCUUUGAGGCAUACGGCUGGCACACCAUCCACGUCAGCGACGCCGAUGACGACAUUGUCGCCCUCCGUGCUGCCAUCGAGUCGGCCAAGAAGGUCACCGACCGCCCCUCGCUCAUCCUCGCCCGCACCACCAUCGGCUACGGCAGUGAGAAGGAGGGCACUGAGAAGGUCCACGGCGCCCCUCUCGGCGACAAGGACCUCGCUGCCGCCAAGACCCGUCUCGGCUUUGACCCCGCCCAGUCCUUUGUCGUCCCCGCCGAGGUUGCCGCUCACUACGGCCAGAUCGCUGCUCAGGGCCAGCAGCUCGAGGCUGACUGGCGCGCCCAGUUUGACGCCUACCGCGCCGCCCACCCCGCCCUCGCCGCCGAGUUUGAGCGCCGUGCCAACAACGAGCUCCCCGCCGACUGGAAGAAGGGUCUCCCCACCUUCACCCCCAAGGACAAGGCAGUCGCCACCCGCCAGCUGCACAGCGACGUGCUCAACGUCCUCGCCAACAACCUCCCCGAGAUUGUCGGUGGCUCGGCCGAUCUUGCCCCUUCCAACCUCACCGAGCUCAAGUGCUCGCACGACUUCCAAAAGGCCACCCCCGAAGGCCGCUACAUUCGCUUUGGCGUUCGCGAGCAUGCCAUGGGCGCCAUCGGCAACGGCAUUGCUGCUUACGGCAUGUACAUUCCUUACGUGGCCACCUUCUUUAACUUUUUGAGCUACUGCUGGCCCGCGGCCCGCCUCUCGGCCCUCUCGCACUUCCGCGUGCUCUACGUCAUGACCCACGACUCGAUCGGCCUCGGCGAGGAUGGUCCCACUCACCAGCCCAUCGAGAUGCUGCCUCUGUCACGCGCCUGCCCCGACAUGGUCACCCUCCGCCCCGCCGACGGUAACGAGACGGUCGGCUCUUACGUUGUUGCCAUCGAGCGCAAGCACGGCCCGGCUGUUCUCUGCUUUACUCGCCACGCCGUGCCCCACCUCGAGGGCUCGAGCGCAGAGAAGGUUGCCCUUGGCGCCUACGUCCUCCAAGACCAGGCCAACCACGACGUGAUUCUCAUCGCCACCGGCUCUGAGGUCUCGAUCGCGGUUGAGGCUGCCCGUACUCUGGCCAACGAGGGCAUCAAGGCCCGCAUCGUCUCGGCGCCUUCCCUCGACCUGUUUGAUCAACAGCCCGCUGCCUACCGCUGCGAGGUUCUCACCCCCGGUGUCACCGUCGUGUCCGUCGAGGCCUCCGGCGUCACCGGCUGGACUCGCUACUCGCACUUCUCCAUCGGCAUGCGCUCGUUCGGCGCCAGCGGCCCCGUCAAGGACGUCUUUGCCAAGUUUGGCUUCACUGGCGACCAGGUUGCCGCUUCUGUUCGCACCUUCCUCGGUGCCCCCGCGGAGCGCCGACAUGCCCACCUUGCCGUUCACUACGAUUACUAAGCCUUUUCGUUUGGUUUGUUUCAAUUUGUGGCUGCAGUUUGAAAAAAAAAAAAACCUUUUGUUUCGAGUGUUUUUGGUUUUUUUUUGUUAGAACGGAUUCGAAACAAUCAAAAAAUAGUGUUGAUUUCAAAAAAAGCAAAAAACAAAA